CUGCUCCGUACCGCCGUUUCCGACCCUUCCAACACGAACCUUCACUCGAAAUCGCUGUUCGUCGUCAUGGAGGCUGCUCUGCGUCAAUCCAAGGCCAUGUGCCCCUUCUUGAAGAAGGCCUCGCCCGCUAAGCUCCGCGCCUUGUCCACUUCGGCUCGUCCCCACGCCAUCCAGGCGGCCGAGACUGCCCUCACCGUCUCUCCCUGCGGUGGCACCAUGUCCAAGCUGCAGCUGCUCGCCCACCGCUGCCCCGUCAUGGGCAAGGCCUUGACGGUUCAGUCGGCCCAGUACGGACACGGUCGACCGGCCAAGGCAGCCAACUCGUCCGUUGCCGGCAUCCGCGCCUUGAGCACCAACUCCAAGCCCGGCCGCGCCAGCAUCCACACGAGCCGCAGCAACGAUGCCCGCGCCGUGGACACUCCGUUCAUUAACGGACGUGACAAGGCUCAGCUUCCCCCGAACAUGGCCGCUCGCCAGAACGGCGCCAAUAACCUCGGCAUGGGGAACUCGGACGCCUCCAAGGCCAAGUUCAACUAUGAAGCCUACUACACUACGGAGCUGGAGAAGAAGCACAAGGACAAGUCGUACCGCUACUUCAACAACAUCAACCGUCUGGCCAAAGAGUUCCCCCGCGCCCACAUGGCUGACAAGCAGGAGCGUGUUACGGUAUGGUGCGCCAACGACUACCUCGGAAUGGGCCGCAACCCCCAUGUGCUGAGAUCAAUGCACGAGACUUUGGACGAGUACGGUGCCGGUGCUGGUGGCACGAGAAACAUCUCCGGACACAACAAACACGCCGUUGAGCUCGAGGGAACUAUUGCCAAACUCCAUGCCAAGGACGCCGCCCUUGUCUUCAGUUCUUGCUACGUUGCCAACGAUGCCACGUUGGCAACCCUCGGCAGCAAGAUGCCUGAAUGCGUCAUUUUGUCCGACAGCUUGAACCACGCGUCCAUGAUUCAAGGCAUUCGCCACUCUGGAACGAAGAAGAUCGUGUUCAAGCACAAUGAUGUCGCGGAUCUUGAAGCAAAGUUGGCCUCGCUUCCUCUGCACGUCCCCAAGAUCAUUGCGUUCGAAUCCGUCUACAGUAUGUGCGGUUCCAUUGGUCCCAUUGAAGCCAUUUGCGACUUGGCGGAUAAGUACGGUGCCAUUACCUUCCUCGACGAAGUUCAUGCCGUCGGUAUGUAUGGACCUCAUGGCGCCGGUGUCGCGGAGCACCUGGACUUCGAAGCGCAUCAGCAAGGCCGCCCGACGGGCAGCAUCAUGGACCGUAUUGACAUCAUUACCGGUACUCUUGGCAAAGCGUAUGGAUGCGUGGGUGGAUAUAUUGCCGGCAGCGCCAAGCUCGUCGACAUGAUCCGGUCUCUUGCCCCUGGAUUCAUCUUCACUACCUCCCUUCCCCCUGCCACCAUGGCCGGUGCGAAGACGGCCAUCGAGUACCAGAUGGAGUAUGACGGUGAUCGUCGCCUCCAGCAACUUCACACUCGCGCAGUGAAGGAGGCAUUGGGCGACCGCGACAUUCCCGUUAUUCCUAACCCAUCUCACAUCAUCCCCAUCCUGGUUGGCAACGCCGAGCUUGCCAAGCAGGCCUCGGACAUGCUGCUCCAAGACUACCAGAUCUACGUUCAGUCCAUCAACUACCCCACCGUUCCGGUUGGGCAGGAGAGGCUGCGUGUGACGCCCACCCCGGGCCACAAGAAGGAGUACCGCGACCAGCUUGUACAGGCUAUUGACGAGAUCUGGACCAAGCUUGGUAUCAAGCGCACCUCUGAAUGGGCCGCCGAGGGUGGAUUCAUUGGCGUUGGAGAGGCCAACGCGGCCCCCGAGGAGCCCCUGUGGACCGACAACCAGCUUGGCAUCGAGCAGGCUGCGAAGGAGAUCAAGGCUGCGGGUGAUGUCAACAGCGGCUUCGUUGAGGCCCUGUUGGAGCGUGAGGCCAAGGCGGCUGGUCAGGCCGUGAGCUCUACUAUCUGA